UGUGCCAUAACCUCUACAAAAUCAAUUCUUAGCCUAUCUUUAAGAACGUUAUAUGAGCGUUUAUUACUUUUCAUAUUUUGCAAUUAAAAUAAAAUUAAACAUUCAGCUUUUAAUUGUUUAUUUUAUGUCGGAUCAAAAGUGAAUUUAAAUAAUAAGGAAAUGUGUUUUAUGUGCAUUUAGUGGUGAGGAAGCAUUUGUAUAUAAAAAUGGUAAACGAUAAAAAGAGAAGAUCUCGCAGUCGAGACAGAUCCGAUCGUGAAAACCGCGACAAGAAAAUACGAAGGUCCAGGUCACGAAGUAAAGAAAGGGGCCACAAACGCCAUCGUUCAAAAUCUCCAAGAGAUAAAUAUAGCUCCAGGUAUGAAGGAAGUAGUAAAGAUCUACGUUACGAAAAGGAGAAUUACAAGUAUGAUCGCGAUAGUUCUAGAUAUGAUAAAGAAAAGGAUAAAGCCAGCAAAGAUAAUAAAGACGAAAAGAGAAAUAGGGAUAAACAGUCACCGUCUCCUGAAGUUGAAGAAAUGAAAGCAGAUGCAAAACCAGAAAUAAAGCCUGAUGUAAAAACUGAAAAUACUAAAAAAGAACCCCUUUCCUUGGAAGAGUUGCUGGCUAAAAAGAAAGCAGAGGAAGCAGCAAAAAGCAAGCCUGUGUUCCUAACAAAACAACAACGGGCAGAGGAGGCCUUGAGAAGACGUAAAGAAGAAGUCAGUCAACUUAGAAAACAGCAGGAAGAGGAACGAAAAUUGUUUGAAUCGGUAAAAUUACCGGCACCAAUUCCAAGCCGCAGUGACGAUCGGGAAAAGCGAACCAGAGAUCGAGACCCAGUUAAAGAAGAAGAUAAACAGAAAGAUAAAGACAAAGAAAGAGAACAAGAUGCCAUUCGCGAACGUUAUUUGGGGCUAAUAAAAAAGAAACGUCGCGUUCGACGUCUUAACGAUCGUAAAUUUGUUUUCGAUUGGGAUGCUGCUGAAGACACAUCCACAGAUUACAAUCCCUUAUACAAAGAACGUCAUCAAGUUCAAUUUUUCGGCCGAGGAAAUUUGGCAGGAAUUGAUAUUAAAGCUCAAAAACGUGACCAAAGUCGAUUUUACGGAGAAUUAUUAGAAAAACGCAGAACAGAAGCUGAAAAGCAACAAGAAAAAGCACGAUUGAGAAAAGUACGCAGAAAAGAAGAAAAACAACUAUGGGACGACAGGCACUGGUCUGAAAAAGCUGUUGCUGAAAUGACCGAAAGAGACUGGCGUAUCUUUCGUGAGGACUAUAAUAUUAGCAUUAAAGGCGGUCGAAUACCCGAACCCAUACGUAAUUGGAAAGAGUCUGGAUUGAAUCCAGAAGUCUUAGAAUUAAUUGAUAAAGCGGGAUACCGAGAACCUACCCCCAUCCAAAGACAGGCAAUACCAAUUGGUAUGCAAAAUCGUGAUAUCAUUGGUGUGGCUGAAACUGGUUCUGGAAAAACUUUGGCUUUCUUACUCCCCUUGCUACAAUGGAUACAAUCCCUUCCAAAAAUUGAAAGAACAGAAGAUGCCGACCAAGGUCCUUACGCCAUAAUUCUCGCCCCCACUCGCGAAUUGGCUCAACAAAUCGAAGAAGAAACGGUCAAAUUUGGAGGCCCAUUGGGCAUUCGUACUGUAGUAGUUGUGGGAGGUCUCAGUCGUGAAGAACAAGGUUUCCGACUUAGAAUGGGAUGUGAAAUAGUAAUUGCAACUCCUGGUCGUUUAAUUGACGUUCUAGAGAAUCGUUACUUGGUACUCAAUCAGUGUACAUACAUUGUUCUCGACGAAGCCGAUCGUAUGAUUGAUCUUGGUUUUGAACCUGAUGUACAGAAGAUUUUAGAUUACAUGCCUGUCACCAACUUAAAACCAGACACAGAAGAAGCUGAAAACUCAGAACUACUUCUCGCCAAUUAUAACACAAAAAAGAAAUAUCGUCAGACCGUAAUGUUUACAGCUACUAUGCCUGCAGCUGUAGAAAGACUUGCAAGAACUUAUCUUAGACGUCCAGCUGUCGUGUAUAUUGGUAGCGCAGGCAAACCGGUUGACCGUGUUGAACAAAUAGUGCAUUUGGUAACUGAGGGAGACAAGAGGAAGAAACUAAUGGAAUAUCUCUCACGAGGAAUAGAACCUCCUGUUAUCAUUUUUGUCAACCAAAAGAAAGGAGCAGAUGUUUUGGCCAAGGGACUUGAAAAGUUGGGACACAAUGCUUGUACACUCCACGGUGGUAAAGGUCAAGAACAGCGUGAGUAUGCUUUAGCCAGUCUAAAAUCUGGAGCGAAAGACAUUCUUGUUGCCACUGAUGUCGCUGGUCGAGGUAUCGAUAUCAAGGAUGUUUCUAUGGUUAUUAAUUACGAUAUGGCAAAAACAAUUGAAGAUUAUACACAUCGUAUUGGGCGUACUGGGCGUGCUGGAAAAACUGGAGUGGCUGUGUCGUUUGUUACUCAGGAUGAUUCGGCUUUGUUUCAUGACCUCAAGAAUAUGUUAGUGGCUUCUCCCGUUUCUACCUGCCCUCCCGAAUUACUUAAUCAUCCUGAAUGCCAAAUGAGAGGCAAUCAACCGAAACGACGUAGGGACGAAAUGAUUUUUGCAUAAGAGUAAAGUUUACAAUUGUAAUAGUAGACUUUAUAGCAGAACAAUGUUUAACUUUAAGUUAAUUUCUUUGAAAUGAGUAAAUGAUAAUAAAUAUGUUAACUAUU